AUGCAGGAAGUUCCGGAAGACUACAUCGCCGACAUGGCUUUUGAUACACGUACGGUGCAGCGCUUUGAAAAACACAGCCGGUUGUUCACACCGGGACGUUGACGUGGCGCUUGGGGCUUUGAAAAUCGAACUAUCACUUUCACAACGUGGACGAAAUACGUUCAUGGUUACACCCUUGUGUUAGGACUUCAAUACACCUGCCUAUGUGAGCCCAACUCCCUUGAGUAUCAGCUCACCCGAUGUUCAGCGUACCAUUUGAACGAGCCUCGCGGCACGGCGCGACCGACCAUCACCUUGUAUGUUUCUGUGUUUCAACUUUCAUGUCCCUGCAAUGGCAACGCGUAUCGAAGGGCUUACCGUGCGAUUGGCAGGUUGGUGUUGCUCGACUUCGCAGCGUUGCCGAGCGAUGGGCCGAUAUUGUCCGUGUUGUCUAUUCGAAUGGAACCAUGUUUCUCAGGCACGUUUGUAUCGGGCACCAGUGCAAUGAGCGUAAUCGCGUGGCAUGUCGCAUGCUUUGUUCACCUGUCAUGCGCUUGUCCUAAACCAACUGAGCGGUGAGUGAUGCUACAGGGGCGAAGCUCCCGCGUGCCCCAGCGAGUCGUUGUCGUGGUCGCACCCCAGAAUUGUGUUUGAUGAACGGUGAAAGAACGUCGAUGGGUCACUACUAGCCCUCUCGGAGGAGACUGGUGUGUUUGAAAGCAUUGUCCCAAGUGAAGAGAUGCCUUGUCUGGAAUUUCAUGCUGCAUCAGAAGUAUCGUUUCACUCUUUCAAACUCAAGUCUUGUUUGCAUGGUUCUCGCUUCCGACCAACACCUGUGACACCUGCUCACCGGUGGUGUCAUGCUAACUAGUAGAGAGUCACCUGUCAUGCGCUUGUCCGUCUUUGGUCUCAUGCUGUGGGCGUCGUGCUUCAGGACCGAUUCCGUCUGCUCUGGGAGGACUAACGGCUCUGCAGAAGCUGGAGCUGGGCGGGAACCAACUGAGCGGUGAGUGAUGCUACAGCGGCGAAGCUCCCGCGUGCCCCAGCGAGUCCUUGUCGUGGUCGCACCCCAGAAUUGUGUUCGAUGAUGGGUGAAAGAACUUCGAUGGGUCAUUACUAGCCCUCUCCGACGAGACUGGUGUGUUUCAAAGCGUUGUCCCAAGUGAAGAGAUGCCUUGUCUGGAAUCCCAUGCUGCAUCAGAAGGAACUUUUCACUCUUUCAAACUCAAGUCUUGUUGGCAUGGUUCUCGCAACACCUGUGACACCUGCUCACCGGUGGUGUCAUGCUAACUACGAGAAAGUCACCUGUUAUUGUUGUGACAAAGUUAUUUUUUUUUCCGAAAUUGAACAGCGAGCAUGUAUACCAAUGAUUAUGUCCAAACCAGGGAUCGAAUCGGCGAUUGCACCGCUCACGUUCAAUUGUGGAUCGUUUGUUGGAUGUCCUGGGAAGAGAUGAUUUGCUUAGUGAUGAGCUGUCCCCAGAACCGUAGGACUGCGAGGAUGCAACUAUUUUGUUGUUUGCAACUAGGAAAAAGUCACCUGUUAUUGUUGUGACAAAGUUAUUUUUUUUUCCGAAAUUGAACAGCGAGCAUUUUACCAAUGAUUAUGUCCAAACCAGGGAUCGAAUCGGCGAUUGCACCGCUCACGUUCAAUUGUGGAUCGUUUGUUGGAUGUCCUGGGAAGAGAUGAUUUGCUUAGUGAUGAGCUGUCCCCAGAACCGUAGGACUGCGAGGAUGCAACUAUUUUGUUGUUUGCAACUAGGAAAAAGUCACCUGUUAUUGUUGUGACAAAGUUAUUUUUUUUUCCGAAAUUGAACAGCGAGCAUGUAUACCAAUGAUUAUGUCCAAACCAGGGAUCGAAUCGGCGAUUGCACCGCUCACGUUCAAUUCUGGAUCGUUUGUUCGAUGUCCUGAGAAGAGAUGAUUUGCUUAGUGAUGAGCUGUUCCCAAAACCGUAGGACUGCGAGGAUGCAACUAUUUUGUUGUUUGCAACUCAGCCUCUGAGUUGCAGUGAUUGGGCCCCUCUGGUGUCACCUCUGCUGCUGUGGUUUUUACUGCUGUAAUGAAGUCUUCACACUCAACGAACAGCAACAUUUUCUGUCGAUUAGCUCUCGCUACUGUGCACAGACAAAGAAACGAAUUCCGGUGUUGUCAUGGAUAACACCUCCAGUGGAAUGACAUACUAGAAUACUACCGUCGGACAUUCUGUGCCCCGUGAUUUGUGCCAACCACUCGCAAGAAGGACGUGAGCCCAAUCGAGACGUGUGAAAGAGUACGAUAUGUUUAACGUUGAGAACAGCAGCGGGGCCGUAGCUCAGACUCUGCGAUUGAGUCAGGAACAAAUUCCAUACUCUCGGAAACUGCACGCGUGCAUAUCUUGGAGGCCGGUGGGUGUUCGAUAUUGGGUUUGUCGGCCGACCAGGCCAAUUGUCUUCGACGUUGAAGGGUUGUAGAGAGGUCGGCCGUUGCAACCACAGGCGGUCGAGCAUUUUUCUUCGGUGGGGACAAGGGUGUGUGAGCGGCACGGGAAUUGCUCAUCCUAUAAAGUUCGUUUGGGGAAAUGCUGUGUUUUGAGGGCCCAAAGCCAGCACAAACGGAGGCUGCAAGUAUCGCACGAUGCUGACCAAAUGAGGGCUACCUGUGUUGAAAUGAUGCCGUCGUUGUUGAGGACACAUGCCAUUGAGGGAGGCCGCCCUUGGUAGUGCAGCAGUCCAGAAUAUCGAACUGAAACCCAUUAGCGCGCCAGCUUUUCUCUUCUCCAACAAGGGGUAUUUGGGCGAAGGGUAGCGACAGUGCAUCGUAGCAAGAUUCGAUGUUUCGCAGUCAUGUACGUGAGCUUCGUUGAGAACUUGUGCACAAUCCUGGUGGUUUCUGGCCCGAAUCAUGAACGCCGGUUCAAGCGCUCCAUGGUUUGUAUGGUGUGAUUUCGUGGACGACCACCAAAUAGAACGCACCAGGUGGCGCCGAAGGUUGUAUUCGAUGACGUGUUAGCUUGGAUUUGCCCGACAUGCGUCUAUAUUCCGGCGCAGUAUAGCUGACGUAUUUGGUCCUUCAUUGAGGGCCUCUCGUUAUCGACUUGCCAGAUGUCGUUUUGAUCCGAUGCACUGUAUUUUCUCAUGGUGCCACCAGAUGUCGUGUUGAUCCGGUGCACUGCUGUAUUUUCUCAUGGGUCUAUGGGUGCCCUCACCUUCACAUGGGAUUGGUCGUCUGUGUCCACCAGAGCGGUGCGCUCUAGGUCGUGCAUGACGCAAAUACAUAAUGCCUCGCGGGUAUCCAAUCGCACGACCGUUGACCAUCUCUACCAACUCGUGAGAAUUCCCUGGGAUCACGGUGAUGAUCUGUGAUGCCACGCGGAACCAAGUGGAAAGCACCAACGAGAGGAUCAAGGCGAGGUUGGGCCAAUGUUCGCCCUUCUCCGAGGAGCCUGAGGCGUUUGUCACGUUUCCUAUUACAUGUUGCGUUUCCCGCACCCCCAGGCUGCAGCAGGAGUAGGAAGAGUUUGGCCUUGCCACGAAACGUUAAACCAUGCGCAUGGAUUGGGCAGCGUUUUUCACUCCAGCCGACACUUGCUCAAGUGUGUACUUGGUAAAUUGGGAGCAGUACGCGAGGAAAUGUUCAGAAAAACGUUCAUCACGAAAUAUCCGAAAAAUGAAGCUUUUCUGUGUCACAUCGACUCCGCAAUGAACCACUCACGUUCAUCNCCCGCACCCCCAGGCUGCAGCAGGAGUAGGAAGAGUUUGGCCUUGCCACGAAACCUUAAACCAUGCGCAUGGAUUGGGCAGCGUUUUUCACUCCAGCCGACACUUGCUCAAGUGUGUACUUGGUAAAUUGGGAGCAGUACGCGAGGAAAUGUUCAGAAAAACGUUCAUCACGAAAUAUCCGAAAAAAGCUGCUUUUCUGUGUCACAUCGACUCCGCAAUGAACCACUCACGUUCAUCGUCGAUCCUAUGGUAUUCGAAAGACUCCUGAGCAAAGUGACAAACACAAGUCCGCUUCCCGCGAAUGUUUGAGAAUCGUGUUCACGUGCAGUGAUCGUCUGUACUUGGGGUUUUAGUUUGGGACUUACCCGCUGAGUCACAGCGAUGUAGGUGCUACCAAUACCAGCCCCGUUGCUAAGAUUCCUACUCAUGGAGGACUCAAGUCUAGGUUAGGUUUCUUGGGCUUCCCCCCCCGCGCCAUCAUUUCUCGCGGCGUUCUCACAUUAGGCCAAAAGCGGUUGCAAUUCUCUUCGAAGGGAUACCGCUGGUCGCGCUAGCACGUCCGUUGGGAAAUAUUUUUCGAGAGGGAAACUGCUAGUGUUUCCUCCCUUACUCCGACAGGACGUUUUCCAGUUCGGGUGUCAAUGACCGACGUGGUUCCGAGCAAUGCCCGAAAAUGUCCAUGAUUGUCUACUCGGAUGUUCGCCCUUCGUAGACGGCAAGCCCGCCGCAUGUGUCUCGUACCCUUCGCCAUGGAUUUCUAUUACCUUGUAUUCAAGCAGAGGAUGGGUCGCCGCCCGGGACUAGUACUUGUCCGCCUCCUUCUCCAAGCGCAUUGCAUCCGUUCAAACGAGUGAGAAAAUUCUAAUCAGCCUUGUCGUUGGUGCCUACCUUGAACAAUUUCUUGAACGGCCCGCGUACCGUGGUACGUUGUGCUCUAUUGGUUGCAGGGCAUGCAACUUCGGGCAUGGCUCGUCGUUGGUAUUCGUGUGAUGCGGGUGUUGAUUGUGUUUAGAUGGCAGUUCAUGUUCUGGUUUGUUUUCAGUUCCAGUGACGAAGAAUGUUGCCCACUUGCGUCUUUCACAAACUGACACAGUAUUCCCGACCAUUUCAUGUAGGUUAUAGGAUAUUCUGCUCUUCUACCAAACCCGAACACGAUUGCGCAUUAUUCCCAGUUGUGGUGUUUAUUCGAACGAUGUCUGUAUACGUAACAACAGUGGAAACUAUUGGCCCGGUCUGUUCUGGUUCCCAUUCCGCAAGCGUGCAACUUGACAGAAACGAAAAGCAAAUUGAUGCUGCUCUAAAGUAUCAGGACUUUGUUUGUCCACCAGAAUUUACAGCCAAACAGUAGUACCCGCUGUGAAGAUGCGCAUCUAUUGUAUAUUUGAAAGUGCCUUUCUGUACCGCGGGGAAUUUCCUUAAGGUCCUUACGAUUCCGGGAAUGACAACUCACCAUUCCCGGGGUCAACGGAGGCGUCCAAUACGUCCGAAGACGCGCAAUUGCGUCAGGGAUACUAGCACGAAACCAAGAAGCCAUCAUAAACCUGACUAUCACAACGUGGUGGUGGUUGGAAAUCGCACUUUCUUACAUACGUCGUUCGCUCUUGAACCUUGACGUCCUAACACUCCACCCCUCACAUUAUUCUUGGAACAAUGGGUAUAGUGCUGCAGGACGAGGCACACAAUUGCAACAGCAGCUGUUGUUGUCAUUGUUGUUGUUUCUGUUGCUAUUUUGUUGGCUAAGUUUGUCUAUUGCUUUGGCGUCGUUCCCGCGUUCAAUACCUUGCCGAGAUUCAUAUCGUUACCCGCACCCCAAAAGAAAAUGAAAGACAGCCAACCGUCGUUGCAACGAUCUCGGAUACGAUGCAUGCUGUACACCUUGUGCGCCGCACAGGCUACCUGCUCAACAAGGAAGUAGAAAAACCAUACCUGAAACGAAAGUAGAAAUGUCGGAGCACCAACAACGCCAGACAAAACCACGAACGAAAUAAUGAUUGGAGCCCGUCGGUCCUGCCCAGUAUCAGGUAGCACAACUAUAUAUUACCAAGCUGAGCAUAAUUUCACGAAGACGGACCAAAGAGGAACACACAAGCAACAGGUGCACUUGUAGCUACGUCGUCCGAAUUUAUCCAUACCCACCCGCAGUGGUGACAGCAGCAGCAGAUCGCUCACCCUGUCUAUUGCGCCUUGCAGUUCGAAAGGUGUCCUUGAGCAUCUUUUGGGGGUCCCGACUGCUGAACACAGUACCCCUCACCGUGUUCAGUGGUACACCUGCGGGGCAUCCUGCUUCUGAGAUUCUUGUGUCUUGAAAGCGGGGAGUUGACUUAAGAUAUGUGUCUUUACAGCGGGGACGUCUGCACACUAUCCACCCGAAGGAUGGUGAAGUGGGCCGUUCCCACCUUCUUCAUGUAUUUCCAAGGACACUUGCCCUUCAUGGACGUACGUGUUGAGACGGUGUCCUGGUGCAUGCACACCACAGAUGAAAACAAGCACUCCGAAGACAAGCAAUAUUCCAACGCAUUUCGAAGGCAAACCUGUUGGAGAGUUCGAGGAAUUCUAGAACGACAAUCGGAGCGCUUGCUCAUGUUGGGACAUUUUCAUCUUGUAGUUAUCGCGGUUGGAAAUGGACGCCACGAGUAGGGGUCCCAAUGGUUUCGUGACGGUCUGUUCAGCGACAUCCGGAGGCGUUUGCGUGGUCGUGUGUCAUUUCUGAAUGUGGUCUCGGAGCGUAGACCGUGCGAGACACUUGCUCCAUGCCGCAGCGUAGCUGUGGCUACCCUGGCACUCUCUCAGCCCCACCCUGUGGUGGGUCGAAGCAAUCAGGCGUUGCUGAAACCACCUGGAUUGUGAUAUCUCGUGGUCAGGUAGAUGGCCGUUGUCAUUCGCGAAGACAUGGUCUUUGGGGGCGAUUGAUGGGUUCGGUGUCACGUGUUCUGUCUCUGGGGUUAUUUUUCCCGUGUGCCACCACGUCGUAAACUACUGGGAAUCAAUGCAGGGCUUGCAUGAGUGCUGUGGUAUUCAAAAGGUUGGACCCUCCUCGGUUUCCUGAAGACGCGGACUGUCGAAGAACGGUUGAGAGAACUCGAAAAGACAUGGUUCUCCUGUCUCGCGUUGAUUGUGGAUCUCAGACACGCAGAAAGUUCACGAGGCUACGUCGCCGAAAUGGAUGAACAAGCGCUAUUGUACCCCUCCGGUCACUUCACGGUUGUUUACGUCUUGAGAGGCCUGCAAACGUCAGUGGCUCUCCUUGUGAAUGCGCUUCUGCUUCCACGUGAUGGACACCAUGCGGGGAGGCGUAAUUCCAAGAGGCUUUUGUUUCACGAACCGUGCAGCGCUUUGAGGAAGGCACCGGGUUAUUUGUUCACACCGGGACGUGGAGGUGGCGCCCAGGGCAUUGAAAGUCAAACUAAAUAAAGAGGAGCUGGUUCAAUUACGUUUU